GGGAAACAGUGAACGCCAUUAUCGAAGAGUAAUAUUUUACCGUAGUUAGCCCUGUAAAGAUUGUUCAGUUUGUGUGAUUAAGACCUGUAAUUUUGUACAAACUUCUCACUAACUGUUGUCGGAAUUGUUGAAGGACGUAUUUGCUAGACUUCUGUCAACUUAUCAACAUGACGACGGUGAUACCACAACAGAAGAGUGGCACAUACACAUUUGCCAGCCAACCCAGAGCAGUGCCACAGAGGAAAAAAUACAGACAAGACCCAGCACUUUUACAACAAAAUGACCCCUCCGCUCCAUAUGGCAAUAUUAUGUACGACAGGCGUAUUGUGCGAGGAAACACAUACGCACAGCACACACUUCCUGCGAAUGCUCAACCAGAUCCCAUUGAAGUGCAGAGACAGCAAGAAGCCAGACGGCGUGCUGUUGCCAGAAAACGUGCCAAGGAUCAACUUCGUCCAAGGUCACCUGAACCAGUAGAAGGACGCAAACACAUUGAUGUCCAAACAGAAUUAUACUUAGAAGAGCUGAGUGAUAGAGUGGAGGAAGCUGAUGUCCAAGUUCAAACUGAUGCUUUCCUUGAUAGACCACCAACACCAUUAUUUGUUCCUGCUAAAACAGGCAAAGAUAUUGCAACACAAAUAUUAGAAGGAGAGCUGUUUGAUUUUGACAUUGAAGUCAAACCUAUCUUAGAAGUUUUAGUUGGUAAAACGGUAGAACAAGCGUUAUUAGAAGUAAUGGAAGAAGAGGAACUUGCCAAUCUAAGGUCUCAACAACGUGCCUUUGAAGAACUUAGAAAUGCCGAACUUGUGGAAACUCAGAGGUUAGAGGAGCAAGAAAGGAGGCACAGGGAAGAAAAGGAACGACGUAUGAUGCAACAGAGAGAGGUGCUAAAGAAAGAAAGAGAAACUGCAGAUAAAAUUGCUGCAAGGGCGUUUGCUCAGGCCUAUCUGGCAGACCUUGUACCUUCCGUGUUUGGUACUCUUAAUGACAAUGGAUAUUUCUAUGAUCCGGUGGAAAGGGAUGUUGAAACUGGAUUUAUGCCAUGGCUUAUGGAUGAAGUUGAAAAACAACUUGGAAAAUCAAUACUGUCACGGACUGUUCUUGAUUCAAUCAUCAGGGAUGUUGUUAAAGAACGUAUGGCAGCAUAUUUUGAACUAGACCAUUCUGUAAUGGAUGAAGAGAGAGCAACUGAAACAGCACAGGCAUUGGUUGAUCAAAAACUUGAUGGUGAAACUCAGCCAACCACUGAAAGUGAAAAACCAGCAGAAGAAACAGAGGCAGCAGAACCAGUUAUAACAACAGAGGAACCUGAAACAGCAGGUGGAGAAGAAGAACCAAAAGAAGAAGCAGAAGAACCAGCUGCUGAGCCACCAGCUGAAGGUGAAGAGGAGUAACAUAAAAACAGAUACUGGCUUGUUUCCAAUUUAACCAUCCUCUUUGAUAGAGUUAAAUAACUGUAUGCAAUUUACACUCUAUCAACUUUUAAUAAAAAUUGUAAAAUUCAAUCUUAUCUAUUAAAAUUGGUUCAACUGCCAUUAAAACAUCAAUGCUAGUCAUUCAAUCCAACAUGCCCUAUAUCUUUCCCUAUCCCAUGUCAUAGCAACACUUCUUGUACAUAGUUGACUUAUCAGAUAUGUUUGCACUAUUAACCGGUUUUGAGAUGACCAACAAAAUUGUUAUCAAAACAACAAAAGUGUAUCAUUCACCCAAAUCUUUGUUAUGUGACAUAAUUAUCAUUGUUCUGGAAUACAGGGAUCCUCUCAUCAGUAUGUAAUAUUUUUUAUACCUAUUUUAAAUAAGUUUCAUUUGCUUUUAUGUUAUCAAGUGUGAUAGAUUAAACUACAAUUUUAAUCUCAAGUUGUAAAUGCUGAACUUCUCUUGAUUCCUAUUAAUUUCAGAAAAACCUAAAUAUAGGACUCAACUUAAUGACUGUCAAAUCAUUUUCAAUCAUAUAAAUUAUUCAGUAUUUGUGAUUAUUUAUGACACAAUUUUUAAAUGGUGUUGUAAAUCACUUUAUUCACUUUUUGGCUGUAUGCCAUAUUAUUUUGUGUUCACCCCAUUAAAGCGGCAGUCAUAUCGUAGUGAGUUGUGUUUCCCAUUUACGUAUACAAUGCAUGUAAAGUGCAUUCUUUUCACAAAAUUGGAAUGCAUGCUUUGCAAUGAUUAUGGUGCCACCAUUACUGUCCAUUCAAUCAGAAAUUGUUAAUUUAUUAUGCUAUGUACUGUAAAGUGUCUAAUUUAACGAGAAACAAAUUUCAGAAUUUCUUAAGAUUUUCGGUGAAUUUCACAAAAUUUUGUUUUUACAUUUGCCAUAAAAUCUUGAAAUUGAAAAUAUUUCAAGCAGUGAAAAUUAUUUUGUUUACAGUACAUCAGCUGGUACUGUAAUGCAUUAUGGAUAAUUUACAGUGAUUUGUGUCACCAUCCAUCCCAGUAUUGAGUUCUCUCUGCUUUCAGGCAAGCACAAAAAACAUUAAAUGUUCAACAAAGUUGAAGUGAUUGGGCAAUUUAUUUUGAAACAUUCCAAUACCUAGACUUUUAUUUUUUAUUAUAAACCCUAUGCUAAUGCACAUAAGCUGAAAACCAUAUGUUUGUUCUCUAUUCUUUUGGUCAAUUCAAAGAAUGGCAAUGUCCAAAGCAUUGACUUAAUGCUUUGUUUACAUUAGACCAUGAUGGUGUGGUACUUUACUUAAAAACAUGUAAAAUAUCUUAGUUUAGUACUUGUACUUAAGCGAGGCCAUGUUACACCCAUCUUUGUGUAUAUUAUUUGUAUUAUGUUUCCUGUAUGAAGUUGUACGAUAAAAUAAAAGUAGCCAAAUUGGCUUUGAAUUUUGAAAA